ACCAUCGAAGGGUCUUGCAAUUUGUUGAAAAUUUUUUAGCUAAAAAACAAAGUUAUUUAACAAAAUGUUGGGCCGCAGCAGUGUAAUUGCACGCAACUUCUCCCAGUCCAUGGUCCGCUUUAGCGGCCAUGGUGGUGUUCCCGGCGAGAAUCUGCCCUUCAGUAUACAGAACAAGUACCGUGUGACCGCCCUGUUCACCAUCGGCUGCGUUCUUGGCUUUGGCUCGCCCUUCUUGAUUGUCAGACAUCAGCUGUUGAAGAAGUAAACUGAAGGAAGGUGCUCCGGCUCCGCCUACAACAUACAAAAACAACAAAUAUGCUAUUUUGUCUGUUGGACCCGCUUAAAUUAUAAGUGUAAAGUGGAAACCCUAAAUAAAGUUACCAUAAAACUGUAGAUCAACACUA